GGAGACGGAGCAGUGGUAGCGGCAGCAUGUCAGCCGGCGGAGCGGCAGUCCCGCCGCCUCCGAAUCCCGCCGUGUCCUUCCCUGCGCCCCGGGUCACCCUGCCCGCCGGCCUUGACAUCCUGCGAACCUACUCGGGCGCCUUCGUCUGCCUGGAGAUUGUGUUUGGGGCACUUGUCUGGAUUUUGGUCGCCUCCUCCAAUGUCCCUCUACCUCUUCUACAAGGAUGGGUCAUGUUUGUGUCCGUGACAGCAUUUUUCUUUUCCCUCCUUUUCCUGGGCGUAUUCCUGUCUGGCAUGGUGACUCAGAUUGAUGCCAAUUGGAACUUCCUGGAUUUUGCUUACCACUUUACUGCGUUUGUCUUCUACUUUGGAGCCUUUUUACUGGAAGCAGCAGCUACGUCCCUGCAUGAUCUGCACUGUAAUAGAACCAUGACUGUACGGCCACUUCUGAGUGAUAACCAGUAUAACAUAAACGUGGCAGCCACAAUUUUUGCCUUUGUGACAACAGCUUGUUAUGGUUGCAGCUUGGGUCUGGCUUUACGAAGAUGGCGACCGUAA